GGCUCUUUUGCGCAUGCGCUACGUCAACUGCGUAGAAACCAAUAACAAACUAUGGCAGAUGAUCACACUGAUGCUGAGCUGAGCAUGGAAGGACACACUCCUGUCUCAGAAAAUCCUCAUGCAGAAUAUGGCCUCACAGAAAACAUUCAGAGAAUAGUUGAAAAUGAGAAAAUGACUGCAGAGAAAGUCAUCAAACAGAAGGUGGACCCCCAGACACUGCAGACCCUCCCAACACGAGCGUAUCUGGACCAGACUGUGGUUCCGAUCCUCCUACAGGGCUUGUCGGUUCUUGCCAAGGAAAGGCCUCCAAAUCCCAUAGAGUUUUUAGCGGCAUUCUUACUGAAGAACAAGUCUCAGUUUGAGGAGCGGAAUUAAAGACACAGUGUGGAAAAACUGCAGCGGGACACUUGUAGAGUUUUGUUUUGUGAAUUUAAAUUGAAUGCGGUCACACUCUUCACAUUGCUUGUUUGCCAAUGUUAACUGUAGAUUUUUAAGCUCGAAUAAACAUGUUCAAGCAGAGAUGUAUGUUUAAA